CACUUUCUGCGGGGGAAGAGACAUUUCACUUCCGGGCCGGAAUCGAUUCCUCUGUUGCUGUCGUCUUUCUGCAGUCCACUCCCCCCACUUCGUGUAACAUAUUUGCACAAAGUCUGGGGUUUUAUCCACGACGACAUUGGCGCAUUUGGCCGCCGAGCAGCUGAGAUGGGCUCUAAACUCACUGUCAACAGCGCCUGGAGGGCGACGAGGACGCUGUGGCUGCUCGUGCUAGUGAGCCUGUCUGUGUGCGUCUGUGUUUGCCGAGCAUCCUCACCUCAGGAGGACAGUGCCAUGGAGAACAUCGUUACAGAGAAGAAGGCUGAGGAGAGCCACAGGCAGGACAGCGCGGACCUGCUCAUUUUCAUCAUGCUCCUAACUCUCACUAUCCUGACCAUCUGGCUGUUCAAACACCGGCGCUUCAGGUUUCUGCACGAAACUGGGCUGGCGAUGAUUUAUGGCUUACUUGUCGGCGUGGUCUUGCGCUACGGCAUCCAUGUUCCCAGGGAUAUUAGCAACGUCACAAUGAGCUGCCACGUUAACGCCAGCCCCGCCACUCUGCUCGUCAACGUCAGCGGUAAAUUCUAUGAGUACACCCUGAAAGGGGAGAUCAGCGCCAACGAGGUGAACGAGGUGCAAGACAACGAGAUGCUGCGCAAGGUGACCUUUGACCCUGAAGUGUUCUUCAAUAUUCUCCUACCACCUAUCAUCUUCCAUGCUGGCUACAGCUUGAAAAGGAGACACUUUUUCCGUAACAUGGGAUCCAUCCUGGCUUAUGCCUUUCUGGGGACAGUGAUAUCUUGUUUUGUCAUUGGGUUGCUGAUGUACGGCUGUGUGACGCUAAUGAAGAAGGUGGGACAGCUGGGCGGAGACUUCUUCUUCACGGAUUGUCUGUUCUUUGGCGCCAUUGUCUCUGCCACAGACCCUGUGACAGUCCUGGCUAUCUUCAACGAGCUGCAGGUAGACGUGGAUCUGUAUGCUUUGCUGUUUGGAGAGAGUGUGCUUAACGACGCCGUGGCCGUGGUUCUGUCCUCGUCUAUCGUAGCGUACCAGCCAGAGGGCGACAACAGUCACAUCUUCGAGGUCAUGGCGAUGCUGAAGUCUUUUGGGAUUUUCCUCGGAGUCUUCAGCGGCUCUUUUGCUCUGGGAGUGGCCACCGGAGUCGUCACAGCUCUCGUGACCAAGUUCACCAAGCUGAGAGAUUUCCAGCUGUUGGAGACGGCUUUGUUCUUCCUCAUGUCAUGGAGCACCUUCCUGUUGGCUGAGGCCUGUGGCUUCACAGGUGUGGUGGCAGUGCUGUUCUGUGGCAUCACUCAGGCCCACUACACCUUCAAUAACCUGUCUCCUGAGUCCCAGGACAGGACCAAACAGUUGUUUGAGCUGCUGAAUUUCCUGGCAGAGAACUUCAUUUUCUCCUACAUGGGUCUGACCCUGUUCACCUUCCAGAACCACGUCUUCAAUCCCAUGUUCAUCGUUGGAGCUUUUCUGGCAGUGUUCCUGGGAAGAGCUGCUAACAUCUACCCGCUCUCCUUCCUUCUCAAUCUGGGGCGACGCAACAAGAUCAGAUCUAACUUCCAGCACAUGAUGAUGUUUGCGGGACUGCGAGGCGCGAUGACCUUUGCCCUGUCAAUCAGAGACACAGCCACAUACGCCCGUCAGAUGAUGUUUUCCACCACACUGCUCGUGGUCUUCUUCACUGUUUGGAUUUGUGGCGGUGGCACCACCCAGAUGCUGUCCUGCCAGCGCAUACGAGUGGGUGUGGACUCUGACCAAGAUAACUCUAUGAGUAUUGCUGAAGGCUCAGAGAGAAGAAGCACCAAACAAGAAAGUGCCUGGCUUUUCAGAAUUUGGUACAACUUCGACCACAACUACCUGAAGCCUAUCCUGACUCACAGCGGCCCCCCUCUCACAGCCACACUGCCUCCCUGCUGCGGCCCCCUCGCCCGCUUCCUCACCAGCCCACAGGCCUUUGAGAACGAGUGCCAGCUGAAGGAUGACGACUCUGACCUCAUCCUGACAGACGGUGAUAUCAGCCUGACCUACGGUGACAUCACGGUCAGUACAGACGCCUCCGGUGCCCACACCAGCGGCGGUCCAGGCUUCGCUGGUGGUGCCACCUCCGAGGAUUUGGACAGAGAGCUAACAUAUGGAGAUCAUGAGCUGGUGAUGAGGGGCACACGUCUGGUGCUCCCCAUGGAUGACUCAGAGCCGCCCUUCACAGACCCCCAUCACCGCUUACGGAUGUGAAGAUCCGUCUUUCAACGCAGACCCAGACAACCGUCCGAGUCAAACUGACCCGAGCCAUUGAGCAAAAGACCAGUACCUGACUUCUCCUUCAUCACUCUUCCACUUUUUUUCUCUUUUGCUCUCGCACCUUGCCUCAUUCCUCUCGCUUUGUUUCCACAUAUUUCCUCUCAGCUACAUUUUCUCACAAAUCACUGUCUCUACCUCAUUCUCGUUCUGCUUGUUUUCCACAUCCUUCUGGCAUAACUGUAAUAUAGUCUUAUUUAUUUGCAGGGUUUCUUCGGUAUUCAAUAGAAAGCCAGUUUCUCUUAGUUUGGCUUAAAUUUGUGUGUCAGUCACCUUACUGUAGCAUUACACAGGGGGUCUAGCAGCAUGUGUUAGUGUGUAAAUGCAAGUCAAAGUACCAACCACUAGCUAAUUUGUCUAUGUACAGUAUAUCACAAGAGUACUAUAACUUUGAUAUGCAUGCUGAGGAUGCUUGUUGUUUUCUUUGUACCGGAGGUCUAGGGCUUUUGUGUUUUGGGUCUGACCUUGAAUGUUGCUGCCUUCUCUCUGUGCAUCACUUAGUGUGAUUGGAGGCAUGCUGACCCAGUGGACAAACUUUACUGUACAUUUGGUUUCAAUCAAGUGCCUGGGAAUUGUAGUUUUAAACCUGGCAGCCUAUACUGGAUCAGCUCUGGGAAACAGAGCUAGUUCAGAAUAGGUGGUCAGGCUGUUUUUUCUUUGUACAAAACAGAAAAAAAAAUACAAAAAACAAAACAGACACCUCCGUCCAUAAGGUAGCAAUAUACUCAGUGGGUGUUUGGGCUGUCAGUUUGUGCUAUUCGCCUGUAAAUAGUGUGUAACAAUGUGACGCCACUGAUGCAGUCAGUGCAACAAGGCAAUGAAAGUCGUGGAUCUCUCCCAAUGACCUUUGACUGUGACAUAGAGAGAGAAUUUACACCUUAUUUUAGACGCUGAUGUCACUCGCAGCAGAAUGAAGGGCUGUUGUAUGAAAAACGAGAUCCAAAUGAGUUUUAAUGGAGAAAGCUUAGUGCCAUUUUUGUCCUGCAUUUGACAUUUUGUGAAAACCAGAUGCAGACGACCUAAAAGUGUUUUGUAUUCUUUUUUGCAACAUAGCUUAAGUAACUUUAAGCUAAAUCACGUUUGUCAUACCCAUUUAGCUUUUUUCUAUUACAAUCGUUGCAUUGGUGUCGAGACUUGGAUCAAAUUUUCUCAUGAAACAUCUAAAAAAAAAAAACUAAAUUUGACACUAAAGCAACUUACUACAGUGCUAUUGGUAAGCACACAGUAUGACAUUAGUAAAAAUCAGAGAAUUGUUUUUCUCUGUGGCGAUUUUUUUUUUUACAAAGAGAGCCGUGAAAUUAGUGAUUUAAAUGAAUGGUUGGAUAUGAACAGUUAUUUACAUUGGUACUGUGGCAGUUCAUCAUUAGGAGAAAUGCCAGAAUGGAAACAGUUGUUUAUAUGCUGGAUGUUUUUCUCUGCUGUACACAAAAAAAGGUUCUGAAUGGUGAAUGGUUUGACAGCUUAACAGUAGUUCAGUAGCAUUAAGAUGCAAAGGAACAGUAAUAAAACAUGAGUCAGAUAAGUUCUUACUGUUAAAAGGGUCCUGAUGAAGGGAUGUGUUACAUUUAACUUAUAGUCUUGUUUCAGUGAAUCGUCGUACACUGUAGAGGCUAUUUUGGUGCAAGAAGAACAGAAGGUUUUGUUGAUCUCCUUUGGGGUGCAGAGUAGCAGCUGUUAAUGUGGGUUUAACAGGAAAUGUUGAUAGGACGUCACCGUAGCAACACAGUGUUGAUGUGGACAAAAGCCAGAAAACACUCCAGACAUGGUGACUUAGUCGAACACAAUGGUUUUGCUGUUUGCCCUCUUGGCGAGCGUAAGAAUAAAAACGGCUGGAUGCAAGAGGAUGAUUACUAACGAGUGAGAGAAAUGAGACGGAUAGUUUGGCUUUGUGUGUGCGUGUGUGUGUGUGUACGUGUGUCGGGGAUGAUACAGAGGUGGAAGGAAGAGGAGGCUUUUAGAUAUCGCUUCUCCUUCCACAGUUAUCUUCUGCUGUGCAGGAACUUCUCAUUGAAAGUAUUGCCUUUUUUUUUUUUUUUUUUUUUUUUUAAUCAGGCAUGCCUCUUGACACCACAUGAUCCAGGAAAUGAUUUAUUCUUUCCACCAUUUUAUACUUUUUGUUUGUGUUGUUGAGUAUUUUAUUUGGCAGAAGGGAAAUGAUGAAGUUAAAAAAAAACAAAAUAAGGUGAUUUAUUUGCACUCCUCCAUUCAGAAUGUUUAUCUGUCUUAUUAUUUUUGCUAUGAUGUGUGUUUUAUCUAACGGCUGCUUUUAUAUGAUUUCCUUUGUGUUGGAAAGUUGUAGAAAAAUGAGCAAAUUCAUGUCAGUUUAAUGAAUGGUGAGUUAAUGUUGAGUAGAAAUUAAAUUGUUACUUUGUAAAGAAUUAAUUCCUUUCAUACUGUAUUUGAUCCAUCUCAUCACUUUACCAUUCAGGUACUUUGUAUGUUUGCAAACAAAUCGCUGUUUGAAUGCUGUUGCCGUGACUCCUACAGAGCAUGAAUCGGUCUCAUUUCAUCCUCCGCUGAUGGUGGACUCUCUGAAGAAAAAACAACAACAACAAAAAAAAAAAAAGAAAAAUAUAUACAAGCAGAAUUGUGUGCCAAUGUUCUUCAACUGACACAUUAAAUAAUGUGAACUCUGCAAAAGCUCAUAAAGGUUUUGGUAUUUGCCUACUGCUCUGCCAGUAUGUCUCUCUCUCUCUCUCUCUCUCUCUCUCUCUCUCUCCUUCGAAUGGUGACUUGUGAUAGGCUUUGAUCAUUGGACUCUUGUCUGAAGUAGCUGACCAAAGAGGCCUGCUGUGCUCUGUGUUUUCAGACAGUCCACUUUAUCUUUAUACGGCAAAUUCUGUUUGUGUGAGCGUGUGUGUGUGUGUUUGUUUUUGUGUGCAUUCAUGCUUGCAAGUGCGUAUGGAUGUUUAAAGAGUAUGUUUGUGUGCGCGUGUGUGAGAGAAAGAGGGAGACAUUGUGUUCUCUCUUUUCCUCUGCGUUGCAGGUACUGACUGUUUACAUCUGUGUAAAUAUACUCUCACCUGUUCAUGUGCGUGCAAAGAUCAAUAAACAGAAGCUUGUGCUUUUGAUUAAAGUC